AUGGUGAAGCCACAGCCGGAAUCCCCCACACGCGGCGAACCGAGCGGCGGUUCUUCCAAGUACAAGGGCGUCCGGAAGCGGAAAUGGGGGAAAUGGGUGUCCGAAAUCCGACUCCCCAACAGCCGCGAGCGGAUUUGGUUAGGCUCUUACGACUCGCCGGAGAAAGCCGCCCGGGCGUUCGACGCCGCGCAGUAUUGUCUGCGCGGCAGCGGAGUGAAACUCAACUUCCCCGACAACCCUCCGGAUAUGGCGGGAGCACGGUCUCUUAGCCCGCUCGAGAUCCAAGCCUUCGCGUCUAGGUAUGCCAACGAGUCCUCCUUCAAUGACAACAACAAUGUCGGGAUUACCAAUUCUAACCACCGCCGGUUUACGAAAUCGUCGACGAUGAUCUCGACGGCGUCGGCGAUCAUGCGUCGUUUCUUUGGAACUUCUAAAGGCAAAAAUAUCUCAUUUAGUCCUCCAUAUUUUUUUUUCUCAGAGUAUACAAUAGAAGUAGCUGGGUUAUCAGGAAUUUGGCGAAUUUUAAGUGCCACAUUCGUGAUUUCCCCUCAAGCUAUAUACGUGUCGGACAGCAACGGUGAAGCUAGGUUUUUCUUUUAA